AUGUCUUUCCAGGACAAAGCUCAAGGCUAUGUAGCCAACCUUGAUAAGGAGCUCUCCAAGUACCCUGUCAUCAACAACUUCGAAAAGCAAACCUCGAUCCCAAAAUCUUACGCUGUCCUCGGGCUCGCAGCGUCAUAUUUCUUUUUCAUCUUCUUCAACAUCGGAGGUCAACUUUUGACCAACUUUGCUGGAUUUGUGAUUCCCGGAUACUACUCCCUCGAGGCUCUUUUCUCCGCUGGUCGCGCCGAUGAUACUCAGUGGCUCACUUACUGGGUAGUCUUUGCCUUUUUCACGGUCUUCGAGUCUCUUGUUAGCGCCGUCUACUGGUUUCCAUUCUACUACACAUUCAAGUUUAUCCUCGUUCUCUGGUUGGCACUUCCUUUCACCAGCGGCGCUCAAAUCGUAUUCCGAUCAUUUAUUCACCCAGUCUUCGGACGAUACUUCAGCCACGGCUCCAAGAUCAAUGCUGGGGUUUCUGACAAGACGUUCAAGGGAACGAAUUUAUGGACGUCUAUGAAACCACAGAUGCAGCUGCCUAACCGGCAAACGAGCCCGGAUGUCGGUGUUGGAAUGGAGAACUACGGGUGGGACAACGACAGUGGAUAUGAGUUAACGAUUCUGGGUCAUGAGGAUGGAUUUCGUUUAGGCUAG